UGCUACCUGGUGGCAGGAAUUUUUUGUUUGAUAUAUUUUGUUAUUAAUUAUUAACAAUUAUUUAUCAAUACAAAUAUAAAUAAGUAUUAUUUAAUUUAAUAAAUGAAUUAAAUAAUAAAUUUUAACGUUAACUUUUAUAUAUUGACAAUUAAAAUUAAACUAUUUUAAAAAUUUAUGAGACCAUUGAAGAAUAGCAACAAUCAUUGCACACGAUAAAAAAUGGCUAAAAAUAUUCAAAAUUUAAUAAAACUGUCAUCGACAUUACGAGGUUUGUCAACAAUAGCCCCUCGAAUUAGUCAAAGUAUGCCAGUUAGAUUAUAUCAAACAUCAUCUCAACUCAACAUGAUGAAUGAAAAAUGUGAACCUGUUCAAUAUUACAUGAGUGAAAUACCAUCAUCAUCAUCAAAAAAAAAUAUUAAAGUAUCAAGAUUAUUGAAUGAAUAUCAAAGUAAUACUGAUAUUUUACAUUUACUCCAAACUGAAGGCAUGAAAAUAGAUGGUACUAAAGCUGUAAAAAUAUUAGAAGCUUUAUUUGCAAUUAAUAAAUCAAAAGAAGAUAAAAAUUCGAUAAGUCAAAGAAAAGAAUUUUCAUUAUUAUGUGAAGUAUUAAAAAGAGAUAUUAGACAAUUAACUGAUGGAAAAGCAAUAACAGCAUUAAAAUGUUUAAAUUAUUUUGGGAUUCCAACAACAACAGUUAUUGUACAAAUGUUAUUACAAAUGAUACGUCAAACAAUUAAUACUCUAUCACUUGAACAAAUAAUAUUUCUUGAUUUUUUGUUAAAAAGAUGUCACAAAACACCACUUGUCGAGGCGCUUACUAUUGCUCUACCAUUUGUUUUUGAUACACAUGUACAAACAAAAUUAAAUAUGGAAAAUUUUGAUUCACUUAUUGGUGCUCUUGACUUUUCAAGAAAAUCACCAGAAUCAUAUAGUGAUGCAAUUCCAAAAAUCAUCAAGGCACUUAAUAAAGCUGAUCCAUCAAAUAUAACUCCUAAAAUGGCUGUAAAAUUGUCAUUUAUAUUUUUGGAUCUACCUAUUAAAAAACUUGAACCAAUUAUAUCAAACGCUUUGAAUGCAUUGAGUAAUUCUGUUGACAUACUACAGCCAAAUGAAAUCUCAGCUAUUAUACAUAAACUUUUAAAGAAACAAUUAGUUAAAAAUUCACAUGAAUUUUUUUAUCAUGAAAAUUUAAUGGAUAAUUGUGUUACAUCUAUAAUAACCAAAGACAUGGGAUUUACAGUAGCAGUUGAAGUUUUAAAAAAUUUAUCACAAAUGCCAUAUGUUAGUUUACCAUUAUUGGAUUAUAUUGCAUCAAAAUGUUAUGAAGAUAUAACAUUAUUAAAAAAUGCAAAUCAUCAUGAAGUUGAAACACUAAUAAGUGCAUUAGCAACAGCUGAUUAUAAACCAGUAUUUUGGGAUACAAUUAAAGAUUAUUUAUUUAGAGAAGAAAUGCUUAAUGAUACACCUUUAUCAGCAUUAAAACUUGCUAUUAAUUUUUCAAUAUUAAAAUGUUAUUGGCCAAAACUUUUAGAUAAAGUAUUUAGCAUUGAUUUAGCUGAUCAAAGAUAUUUAAAAAAAGUUUUAUUUUUACAUGAAAUUGUUAAAAUGAAUUAUCCACAAUACAAAAGUAAAUUACCAAGUGAUAAAACAAUUAAAUCAUUGAAACAAUUAAGUAAAUCUGGUAGAAGUAGUGAAUCACUUAAAUCAGCAUUAGAAGUUGUUACUGGUGGUGAACAGUAUAUUAUUUCAAAUAGAACAACAAAAUUUGGAUAUUAUAUUGAUCAAGUUGUUAUGAUGAGAAAAGGUGGUUUUCCAAUUGCAAUUAAUAGCAUUGAUGAAUCAUUUCCCAUGGCAAUUGAAGAUGUUACAGCUAUUCCAGACAGUCAAGUGAUACUCUUCAUUUACGUAUCACAUUAUGGAUAUAUUCCAAAUACACAAAAAUUAUCUGGAUUUUGGUCAUUAUUAUUAAAAUCAAUUCGUGAUGAAACAAAGCAUACUGUUAUUCCAAUUCAUACACAAACAUGGACAAAAUUAUCUGAAGCAGAACAAGUACGAUAUUUGUCAAAAACACUUAGACUUGAAUCUGAUGAAUUUUCAGCAAUUAAUACAUAAAUAUUUUCAAUAAAAGGUAAAAAAUAAUUAAUGUAAAUGAAUAAAAUUACAAAUGAAUCAA